GGUAUCUAUAACAAACCAUAAAUUAAUAUAAAGUGACGCAGUCGGAAAAAUUGAUAUUAUUUUCCCUGGGAUAUUUUUUACGUUUACACCGAUAGGCAUUACUACAGCAACAUGGCAGAAGCUAAUUAUCAGACCCCAGUUUACGUAACUGAUGAAAACUUUAAACCAGGCAUUGUACAGGUUAUAUUAGAUAUACCUAACCUGAAACCAUUCAAGAAAAAUCAACCAAAUGCUAAAAAUGCCAAUGUAAUUUAUGAAUUCCAUACAAGAUCUAUGUGCAUCACAAUUAAUGGAAACAAAGGAAAGUUACAGAACAAAAAUUAUCAACUCGAUAUUAAAAGGCUACCAGGUGAUAUAGAAGAAAAUACUUCUCAUAUUAAGAAUCAUCUAUAUUGCACCAUGAGAAGAGCUGUGGGAGAGCACUCACAAUAUCCGUCUUCAGAAAUAGCAAAUGUUCGAGCAAGGGGCUGAUAACUUCUUCACCCAGCAAAACUGACAUGCUAGUGAAAUCAACCAAAGAUGACCCAGUAUAGCAUGAAAUGGCAAUAAUAUAAUAAUAUUAUAUUUUAUAUAGAUUAUGUUCCUUCUAUAAUACUUCUCAACACCUCACCUAUUCUCUCUCCUAUUCACUCCUUCACUCAUAGAGAUUCUUUCGUCUUUUGAGUGACAAGAUAAACUACAUUAGCACUACUGGUGUCACAAAAAAGCAUUCCAGUACACUCUGUAAAGUGGAUGGCUUUUUGGUCUUGUCAGUUAUAAUCUCACUAGUGCUUAUGCACCCAGUACACUUUGUAAAGUGUUUGUAUUAGGAAGAACAUCCAGCAACAGAAGCCUUUCAAAAUUAAAACAUUGGUGUGAUAUACAUAGCCCUCCAACCCAGUGGAUCCUGUCAAACCAUCCAGCUCAUACUAACAUGGAAAGUGCAUGUAAAAAAAUAUUAUGAUGGUGGCAAAGCAGAGGAAGAGGAGGAGCAAAGUUUUCAUCAAUGAAUUAUGAAAACAGGAUCUUGAAGCUUAUGUUUUAUUGUAUAAUUGUAUAACAUUAAUGCAAAUAUUAGCAUGAAACUGCUGUUGAACAGGUUUAUUGUUUCUGGCCAGGAUAUUUUAUUCUAUAUUAUCUCAAUUCAUUUGGUUGUUUAGACUAUGUGCCAGAGCUUCUGGGAAAGUUACCUUUGAUAGUUUGGUAUUACCAUCUAGAGGAGAUGUGUUUCGCAUCCACUUCAUGCCACACUAUUUCGAAAGGUAAAAAUUAGUGGUUUUAGUUCGUGAAAAAAGAAUCAAUAAAAAUUUUGUGAAACUACUUAACAAUUCAUCUCUGUCAGUUUCAGUGAUGAGUUGUUGAAUUAACUGAGUUACCUCCUCACUGAAUAAAUGCACAAGUGGCUGAGUACUUUUAUGGCAGCAAUAAAAGUAAGGAGACAGGCAAACCUGAAAUUCUUUGUCAUUUAAGUUUAGUGUAGUUUACAUAGUUUUCUUUACAACAUAAUCUGUAAUGGACAUGAGUGUGAUGCUUACAUCAUUUCAGUUGUGAGCAAUUGCUCAAUUGUGGGUAGAAUUAACAGAUUUUCAGGCCAAAGUAUUUUAGAGAGAAGCAGCAUUUGUAAUACAGUUUAGGUUAUGUUAAAAUGUAUAAUUGCCAGGUUAUUUUCCAUGAAGACGUAAUGCUGUGACCAAAGUAAAAUGUCAGCGUUUGUUCAGUGUUAAAUGAGUUUUCUUUUUAUUUUAUUACUUAUUUAUUAUCACUCAAUUAACUGAAAGGACAAUGCCCAUGAAGCUUUUUAGGGCCUCUAUUGAGGAUGUCCUCCCCCUCCCUCCAACCAGUAGAUGGGAGGAAGAAAAAUAUCCUCAAAAUGAAAACCCAACUGAAAUGCUUGUAACAAAUUGGAUGAUUCAACUAAAGGCAUCUAAAGUUCAACUGGUAGUUUUAAACUGGUUAGUAGUCAGAAGUUUAUCACCAAAGUGAACCACAGUGGGAUUUCAGCUCAGAGCAUGAAGGGCUGGACUAGAUACUGCAAGACAGCCCAUUCAACACAAUAACAGUUCUACCAGUCAGAUGUAUUUAGAGGCAGAUUUACUAGUACUAAAGUAUAUUCAAAUAGCGGCAGCUAUAUCAGCCAUUAUUUUGGAACAAAGAGUUAAAAUAUGAAACUUAUGCUUGCUAUGUUCAAGAAAGAUAAUGCGUAGAUUUAUACACUUGAGAUCUAUAUAACUCACAAGUGAUUUCUUGCCCUUUGAGAAAAGAAAUCAUUAGCUUUGACAGUGAAGUCUUCAGCUGUAAUUAGGAUGAGAAUGGAUCUUGUCAAAGUUACCUGCCUGGUGACUGAAACUUCUCUUACUCUCACCAACAUGUUUGGCAUUAUAAUUAAAGGUAUCAAUUGUAAGCUGUCAAAAUAUUCACGAUUUUGAUUUAGAAAGACAUUUAGAAAACAGAAUAGACAGUGAUGGAAUAACUUUAGAGAACAAAAAAAAAAAGGGAUAAAGAAAAUUAUAUUAAUUCAAGCAGCAGAGCUAACAAGGCAUCAUGUUAUGAUGUGAAUAUAUCACAAAAAUAUAAAACAGGUGCUUCAACAAAUUACAAAAUGAUAGAUAAAAUGAAGGUUCAACAUUUCCUGUAGGAAAACUAAUUUUAACUGCUAUAAAUUAAGGGAAUCUUCCGAUUAUUGUCUUGUCUUGUAUCAUACAGAGUUUAUCCAUGCAUUGUCAUGCUCACAACUAUCUCUGGAAGUAAUAUCUAUCUUAAUAAAAAUGCCAUUCAUUUUUUCCCCUCUUUCAGAUUAUUUUUCUCAUUACUAAAAUUUAUUGUUGUGUGAGAACGAAAUUCUCUAGUUUAUGUGAUAAAUUAUGAAAUUCUUCAUAAACAAAACGAAAUAGCUACUCCUUUUCAAUAACAGUAACUUAAUGUAAGGAAAAGAGUUAUUUCCCUUGUCUAGUUCGUUCCGUAGAAUUAUACAUUGAUAAAAAAUGUCCAUAUGAUUAUGUGCAGCUUCUUGCAUGUACAGAUUGUUGAUGCACAAAUCAUAUCAGUGUUAGUAUGUACCUAAUAUGCAAACAUACUCACAGUAAAAAUAACUAUAUCAAUAUACUAAUGGCACUAUACACUACAUUUACAAUAUUUAGGAUUUGCAAUAUUCAUAGCAGCAGUUUUGCAUUUUGCUAUAAUCCUUCUAUCCUCUCGUCUCCCUGAAAUACUAGGGACUUAAAACCUGUGUACGUUACUUCACUUUAGUUUCCUUACAAAUUUGAUCCUGUUUUUCUAUGCCACAAUGGUGUGUGUCUUAGCUUCUAGUAAUGCACCUACAUCACAACACAAAAGAAAUGUUUGCACUGUUUGAUAGCUUCAGUACCUUCUAUAAUAGAAACAACAUUACCUUUCAAGAUAUUAAAAAAUUCUUCCUUACAAUGUUUGAAUAAAUGGCUGUUUUGUUGUCCAAGCUCCAUGAGCAUCAUUUGUACUGUUAUUUUGAAACUAUUUGAUAUAGCAUUCCUAACGAGAAUUGCUGUGUAGCAAACUAUUUCUCUUAAAAAGAUGUAGGGUAAUUCUGAAGGUGUCUAGAUGUCAAUAAUUCAAAGUUUAAGAGAUUAAUAAAUGUUUGUACCAGAAAACACUGACUAGCAUCUCAUUUAUAGAUUUCAGCUGUGCUUUAGCAGCUGAAAUCUAGCAUCUCAUUUAUAGAUUUCAGCUGUGCCAUUAAUAUAUUGAUAUAGUUAUUUUUUCUGUGAGUAUGUUUGCAUAUUAGGUACAUACUAACACUGAUAUGAUUUGUGCAUCAACAAUCUGUACAUGCAAGAAGCUGCACAUAAUCAUACGUACAUUUUUUAUCAAUGUAUAAUUCUACGGAACCAACUAUCUCUCCCAUGUUUAUAACGGCUGGUUUAUUCACUAAAAAAAGCUGUGGACAAAGUUAAAAUCUAGCGCAACAUUAACAACCUACGAGGUUUAUUUAUGGAGGAAAAUGUUUUUUGAAUGAUAUAAUUUUGUGAAGGAGACUAGGCAUGGAAAAAUUCCAAAGCAGUGGGCCGUAACAUAGAUUCAGGAAUUUUUCAAUUGGAAUGAAUAUUGCACCUUUACCAACAGAGUUUAGAUAUAUAAUCUUCAGCAUAUAAUGUUCAUUCUCCAACACAGUAACUAUACACUCUAAUCAAGGACAGAAAUGAAGUAGGAUAUGCAGUGGUACAGUAUUCACCUGCUUUUCAGCUUGGGUGAAGAGCUUAUAGUAUUUAACCUUCCCUUCUAAACCAAGCUUCACAGAUCUUACCCUUAAUUCCUAAGACCCAGUUCCAUCACUGUCUUCGAGAAACAUUUUGCACUCUCCAACACAAUAUACAUAUACUCCAACACAGUGUAUAUAUUCUAUAACACAUUGUGUAUUUUCUUUAGCACACUGUAUAUAUUCUUUAACACGUUUUGUGUAUUGUCUAACGUAGCUAACUGCUUACAUGAUGCAAAAGUUUGACUAACCUGGCAGAUAACUUGUUGGGAAGAAACCAAGAAAGCAAUCAUUACUAAAGAACGUUUUGUCCUGUGUAUGGUCUUUGGGCAUGUUCUUUUUAUUAGAAUUUUUUUUUUUAAAUUAAUUCCUUACUUUCAGGCUGUGGAGGCACAGUGGCCCAGUGGUUAGGGCAGUGGACUCGCAGUCAUAAGAUCGUGGUUUCGAUUCCCAGGCCGGGCGUUGUGAGUGUUUAUUGAGCGAAAACACCUAAAGCUCCACGAGACUCCGGCAGGGAUGGUGGUGAACACUGCUGUACUCUUUCACCACAACUUUCUCUCACUCUUUCUUCCUGUUUCUGUUGUACCUGUAUUUCAAAGGGCCAGCCUUGUCACACUGUGUCACGCUGAAUAUUCCCGAGAAGUGGAGUGCUCAGCCAUUUGCACAUUAAUUUCACAAGCAGCCUGUUCCGUUGAUCGGAUCAGCUGGAACCCUCGACAUCAUAACAGACGGAGUGCCAACUUUCAGGCUAAUCCCAAAAGAUUUGGCUAUCAUCUAAAAGUCUACUUUAUUCUUUUCUUUCAGUUUUAUUAAUAGUCAUGCCAUCAUGUUGUGAAGUAGUACUUGAAAGUGUACUCGUUCAUAGAAACCAUACCAAAAAUGGAAUCUAUGAAUGAGACAUAAGUUCUGCAAGACGCUUCACAUGCUACCUGUCUACAAGAGCAGUAGUAAUAAACAGUUGAUACAGAGUAAAGGAAACACCUUAGUUCUAACAUGGGAUAAUUUUUCUACUGUUUCUAAUAUGAUAAAAUGCCCUGAGUGAAUUCUGUAAAGUGAUAAGUAAUACAAAGGGAAUUCACCUGUAUAAAACAAUGCCAAAACUGGAAUAAUUGAGGGAAACAUAUUGCAUAUGUUACUCAUCUAGAGUGGAGGCGCAAUGGCCCAGUGGUUAGGGCAGCGGACUCACGGUCAUAGGAUCAUGGUUUCGAUUCCCAGACCGGGCGUUGUGAGUGUUUAUUGAGCGAAAACACCUAAAGAUCCACGAGGCUCUGGCAGGGGAUGGUGGCGAACCCUGCUGUACUCUUUCACCACAACUUUUUCUCACUCUUACUUCCUGUUUCUGUUGUGCCUGUAAUUCAAAGGGCCAGCCUUGUCACGCUGAAUAACCCCGAGAACUAUGUUAAGGGUACACAUGUCUGUGGAGUGCUCAGCCACUUGCACGUUAAUUUCACGAGCAGGCUGUUCCGUUGGUCAGAACAACUGGAACCCUCGACGUCGUAAGCGACGGAGUGCCAACUAACUAACUCAUCUAGAAGAGCAGUAACUCCGAAUAAGAUCUGAUUCACAGCAGAUAAAAACUUUUCAGUUCUACCACCCCACUCAAUGAAACAACUUCUAUAAUGUCAGUGGCAUGAUAAAAUUUCCUUUAAGACAUACAUAACGCUAAAGUUAUCCAUUUUUUUCUGUUAUGUAUGUGUUCAAAAUGAUUUGGACUGAUGAUGUGUCUAACCAAGUUAGAAUGGAAAAGAAAUUAGACAUGAAUGAUGACAACAACGACAAUGAUGACGGUGGUGAUGAUAAUAUAGUAGUAGUAGUAGUAGUAGUAGUAGUAUUAGAAGAAGAAGAAAAAGUUUUCAGCCUGAAUAUGUAUUUUUGUUUGAAACCUAUAGAGAUGUAUGAAUUACAGAACAGAAAAGCAAAAUAAAACAAAUGUCAAUUAUGUAUCCAGAGA